AUCCACAAAUGCAAAUUCAUCUCGUCCCGUAAAAACUGAAAAGGCACAAAAACUGAAAAACCAGAAAAAAAAAAUUAUGCCAUCACUCUCUGUAUAAAUAUAAAAAUUUUAAACCCCAAGGAUAGUUACUGCAAAACGGUUUGGAUCAACCAGAAGAUGAUAUGAAGAUGACGUCCACCAAACUAAAUCAUACUUCCAAGCUAGCGAUCCUUGAUUCCUAUAACUAUGUGUCGUUGACGUCUCCCUCUGAUCAUCAAUUAUCAGAUAUAUUUGCAUUUUUCCAAUCUCAAUACGAUCCUUCUUUAAGUUUAGAAGAUAUUAAAACUAUCAUUGAUAAUGAAGGUGACAUAAGGAAAUCAUCAGCUCAGGAACUCAUCAAAGAGACAUUAGUCAAUUAUGUCAUUCGUUGGUAUAUGAUAAAUCCUUUGAUGGAUGUACUGUUAUUGGUUAAUAUACUGAAUCAUUUCAAUAGUAUUUUCAAUCGUAUAAUCUUAGAUGUAAAUACUAUUCAACAACGAAAAUCAUUAUCUUCCAACUAUGGAUUUGAUUUCAAUGCAUCAUUCAAAGAUGAAUCAGCUAGAAUAUUGCAAUCAUCAUCGAAAUAUUCUCCUAAUAACGUGUUUUACUUAUCUGAUAUCGUCUUAAACUUGAAUUUCAAAGUUACAUUAUCCUUAUCAUUAAUGACUAAUAUUAAUGGGAGCGAAUUCUUAAAUCCAAUGUUUAUAACCAAUAUCCCUAAUGAUUCAAAUAAUUAUUAUCCAAGUGGAUUAAUCAAUCAUUAUCAAUUAAUCAGUUAUCUUGAAAGAAUCAAUUUAAAAUUCAUUAAAGAAAAUCGAAAAAUUGUCUUAUUCUUAGAAUCUAAAAAUCAUUUAUUAGAGAAAUAUUUAUUCUCCAAUAUCGAGUUAAUCUAUAUAAAUCCAAAAUUCGAACAUAAUUCAUAUCAUCAACCUCAUAAAUGUAUAAAAUUCCCUGAUUCAUUUGGAUUGAAUGAUUGGUUUAAAUUCCACCUUUCCAAUAAUAUCCCAACUGAAUCUAUCAAUGAAGAAAAUAUCGAUACCAUUCUAAGUUCCGUAUUAAAGAAGUAUCAUGAAUGUACCAACAAGCUUUUAUAUGAUGCGUUAUAUUAUGAAUUCAAUCAAUUAAACCUUUUGAAAUCAAACUUAACUUCUUAUAGUAAUGUUAGUAUUCCAUUAGAUAAAUUCGUGGUUAAAGAUGAUGUUUUAAAAAUCGCCAAUGAAUCAAUCGUAUCUUCGACAGCUCCCAAUUACAUAUAUUCAAUUAAAGAUAUUUAUUAUAUUAUUUUAAAGUUGUUAAAAUGGGAAAAGGGUAAUAAUCAUACUGACAUAGAUCAAACUAUAAAUGAAAGUGAUGAAGAUAAAAUUUUAAAUUUCCUUAUUAAAGAUGUUUAUCCGUAUUUAUUAUUUAAUGAAAGUUCUACAUUGAAUACUUUCCAUUCAUUCUUGAAUGAAUUCAUAAAUCAUCAUAUCAAUGAUUCAAAUCCAUUAAUUCAAAGUAAGAACCAUGAUCAGACUUCAUCUAUGUUAUUGAAAUAUGAAAGUCAACAUUUAGGUCCUUUAACUGAAGCUUUGGAAAUUGAACAUCAAAUCAAACAAUUAAUUAAUGCAGGUCAACCUUCACCCAUAACAGCUACAACUUCUUCAACUCCCGCUAAAAGAAUAAGAUCAUUAUUAGGUGAUUCAAGUACAUCACCAACAGUUAAAAAGGCAAAGACUCUUGAACUUUUAAAUAAGGAUAAAUCAAUUGUGGUGGAUGCUGAAUCAUCGAAUGGAAAGUUCAAGAAGGCGAUGUUUUCUGAUGAUGAUAGUGAUUCAAAUGAUGAUUCGUUUGCAUUGAAAGUAAGAAGUAGUAAGAAUACCAGUCUCAGUGAAAAGACUAGUGAUACAAGUGUUGAUGUUAAACAAAACGGUCAUGGUAAUGGCAUUGUUAAUGGAAAGCAAGAAAAGUCUAAAGUUGAAAAAGUACAAAAUGGUAAUGUAGUAAAGCCAACAGAACACGAAGUUGAAAAGGAAAGUGUUGAAGGUGAAAAGGAGGAAGAGGAUGAAAAAGAGGAAGAUCAAGAUGAUAAGAUGGAAAUCGAUGAGGCCCCAAUUGCUGAAAGCAAUGGACAUACCGAAGAAAAGAAAGAUAAUUCUAAAUCUAAUAAUGAUGUAUUCAAUAAAGCGUUUGAAACAGAGUUGAAAGCUAAACCAAUCACACCAUCUCAACUGAUCAAUAGAAGACUUUCAUCGGAUAAUAAUAAAUCAGGCACUACUGAAAGUUCAUCAGAAGAAGAGAGUGAUGAUGAAUCAAGUGAUUCUGAAAGUGAAGAUGAUUCUGAGAAUGAAUCUGAAGAUCAUGAAAAAUCAAAGAGGAAAUCAGUACUUGUAAGUCAAACUCCAUCUCCUGCACAAUUAGUUAAAACUAAACCUAUGAUGAAACCAGUUCCGGUUAAAAGUAAUUUAAUAAUUGAAAAUAAAUCAUCAGACGAAGUUAUCAAACCUACAAAUAUUGAAAAUGGGAAUAAAAAAGAUGGUGACGAUAAGAUAGAAUUAUCAUCGCAAACAACAUCCAAGAGACAAGCUUUAACUAGGAAUUUAUCAAGUUUAGAUUCAUUACGAUUACCAUCUACUACAAUUGAAACUAAAGAUGCUAGACCAAAAUCUGGUCCAGCUGCAUCCAAACCUAAAUUUUUCGCUCAUCUUGAAGAAGAUGAUUCGGAAUCAGAUUCAGAAUCAGAAUCAUCUGAUGAUGAAAGUGAGGAUGAUAAAGGGGCAGAUGAUGAUGAUGAUACUCCUUCUAAAGUUGCAUUAAUUAAUAAGUUUAAUAAGUUAAGUAAAACUAAGGUUGAACCAAAAGUAUCUACUCCGAUGGUUAAUAAAGUUACUAGUUUUACAAGUACUACCAAAUCACCAUUUACUGAGCUGCAAGAUUUGCAUUCACUGGAAUUUGAAGAAUCAAGUUCAUCUGAUUCUUCCGAUAGUGAUAGUGAGGAUAAUAGUGAUAGUGAUAGUGAUAGUGAUGAUGAAAAGAAGGUGGAAGCAAAGAAGGUGGAAGCAAAGAAGGUGGAGGUAAACAAGGUAGAAGAAAAGGUAGAAGAGGAAGAAGAUAAGGAAGAAAACGACGAUGAUGAAGACGAUGAAGAAGAGGACGACGCCGAAGAAGAGGACGGCGACGAAGAAGAAGAAGGAGAAGAAGAAACAGAAGAAGAAAAGGUACAACAAGAAGAAGAAAAGGUAGAAGACAAGGUUGAAGAAAAAGAGGAAGUCAUACCAGCCACUCCAACUAAAAGGUCACUUAGAUCAACUCAGAAGCCGGUUAAUAUAACCACAUCUACCCCAAAGAUUGCUACUUCUAUCCCAAAGGCCAAUACAACCGUAUCAAAGGCUGACACUUCUAUAAAGGUUAAUGGUUCAAAGGCUAAUACUUCUAUAAAUGCCAAUCCUCCUAUAAAGGCCAAUACUUCUUCCGUAGCAAAAGUCAAUACUUCCAUAUCAAACUCACCUAGUAAUGUAUCUACAUUAUCGAUGAAGAUGAAAAAACUGAAUGCAAGAAAGAGAACAUCAAAUCGAUUAUUAGAUAAGAUUAAUAAAUCGAAUGUAUCGAGUGUAGGAUAUGUUAAGAAUAAGUCAAGUCCAAAGAAAGUGGUUAAAAAGAUUGAAUUUAGUUCUAAUAGUGAAGAUGAUGAUAAUUAAUAGAGUAAAAAAGGUAAAAGUUAAUGUGUAACAUAGUUGUAACUAGUACAUAAAUAAUUUAUAAUUUGUUUUGUUUAAAUGGGUUAUUUGUAGGAUUUUAGAGUUAUAGUUUACCAACGUUCUAAACAUAUACACCCCAUACACAUGUCAUUCAUCAUACACAUUUUAUUUGAAAAUAAUAAUAUUUCACGCUCAUUUGUAAACCGAUGGGUAGUUACGAAGUAACUAUGGUAUUAUUCUAGUAGUAUUGAUUAGUAUUAACUGUUAUUGGAUGUAAUGAUCAUCUAGUUACUACGAAGUGAUUCAGAGUCAUCUUUUUGCAUUUUGCCAUCAAAAAUUGUGAUCACUCCUUCCUUGUUAGUAGUAAUUAUAACUUCCUUAUAUGACAUCCCUUAACCGGCAGAGACCGGUUGAGUGGAAAAAA